AUGGAGACGAAUCCUUACAGCUCGUUUGCAAGUCCUAAAGAAAAUGUUUAUGCGAAAUGGUAUGUUGAUGGAAAGGAUUAUUUCUAUGCGGUGUCGGAAGCUUUAAUGGCUGCAAGAAAUGAAAUUUUUAUUGAAGAUUGGUGGCUUUCUGCAGAACUA